UGGAAUCUUCAGAGCGGCGAGGAGGGAUCGGCUCUGGCUCUCAUUGGACUCUUGGCCUCCUUUCCUAUCAGACGCUUGGGCUUCCUGACCGUGGAUGCUAGAAUCCGUGGAUAAAAAAAUCCUUGGAGGGCCGACUGUGUGUAUAACAAAGAUGUGGCUCUUCAUCUUCCUGACAAGCUUGAUCCAAGGCCUUGUAACUUCAGAAAUAUUUCUAGAGAGAAAUGUAGAUCCAGAGGCAACUAUGAAUAUUAGUGAAAUUAUUUCCUUCAGAGGGUAUCCCAGUGAGGAAUAUGAAGUGGUGACAGAUGAUGGGUAUAUCCUCACUGUCAACAGAAUCCCUCAUGGGAAAAUCAGUCAGUCGACCAAGGUUUCCAAGCCAGCUGUCUUCCUACAGCAUGGUUUGCUUGCUGAUGGCAGCAACUGGGUGACAAACCUGGACUACAACAGCCUGGGGUUUCUAUUGGCUGAUGCUGGCUUUGAUGUUUGGCUAGGAAACAGCAGAGGGAACACUUGGUCCAGGAAGCACAUAAAAUACACAGUACAGCAAGAAGAAUUCUGGAUGUUCAGCUAUGAUGAAAUGGCUAAAUAUGAUCUUCCAGCUACAGUAAACUUUAUCUUGAACAAAACCGGCCAGGAGCAACUAUUUUAUAUUGGUCAUUCCCAGGGCACCACAAUAGCUUUCAUUGCAUUUUCAACAAUGCCACAGGUGGCCAAAAAGAUUAAAAUGUUUUUUGGAUUAGCACCAGUUGCCACAGUGAAGUUUUCAUCCAGUCCUAUGGCCAAGCUUGGUGUAUUUCCAGAACUGCUGUUCAAAGAAAUAUUUGGAACUAAGCAGUUUCUUCCCCAGAACUCAAUUAUGAGAUGGCUUGCAACUCACUUCUGUGACCAUUUUUUGCUGGACAGCCUCUGUGGCAACCUUUUCUUUUUAUUGUGCGGUUUUAAUGAGAAAAAUUUAAAUAUGACUCGAGUGGAUGUAUAUUCAACACACUGUCCAGCUGGAACAUCUGUCCAGAAUAUGAUUCAUUGGAGUCAGGCUGUGAAGUCUGGGCAGCUCCAAGCAUUUGACUGGGGAAGCAAGGCAAAAAACAUGGCUCAUUAUAAUCAGCCAACGCCACCUUACUACAAAAUAAAAGACAUGACUGUUCCUACGGCCCUCUGGACUGGUGGUCACGACUGGAUGGCGGAUUCAAAGGACACUGCUCUGUUGUUGACUCAAGUCCCCAAGUUGGUUUACCACAAAAAUAUACCUGAAUGGGAACAUCUGGAUUUCAUCUGGGGCCUUGAUGCUCCUCAGCGCAUGUACAAAGAGAUAAUUCAGAUGAUGCAGAAAUACAAAUGAGGUGGUAUUGUGUAGCGCCAUGGUCCUGAAAUGUUUUUUCAGGAAACCAGAAUGGUCUGAUGCUUCAUCUUUUUAAAAAUCACUUUGCAAAGAAUAUCUACCUUCUUACACACAUACAGUAUUAUUCAUCUGUCUACAUGGCAAUCUAGCAAUACCUCAGGAAGUGGAAAAUUUGCGCUCUUCACAUGCCUCUAAACCCAUGCAGCUUUACUAGAGAUGCUGACAUAGUCUCUUAUCACAGCACUCUAAAAGAAAUUGCCUUAUUACUAAUCUCACACAACUAGCUAACCAGAAAGUAAAAUUGACCUACAUAAUUCUGUUAUGGGAAGACAGAAGUGGCGAGGAGGAAAUAAUUUAUUUAAAGCCCUACCAAUAUCUGUCAUCCUGACCAUGUGACCGCUCCUGUCAAAACAGUGGUUCAUUUUCUUGCAGUCGUCUUCCCAGUCAUAUCUAAUGUUAGUAACACCCAUGGAUGCCUUCAUUUAGAGUGCAUCUAUGCUGUAGAAAUGAUAACGUUUGACACAACUUUAAUUGUCAUGGCUCCAUCUUACAAAAUCCUGAGACUGAUAGUUUUGUGGGUCACCCACACUCUUUGUAAAAGUACUCCAUAGAAUGGAGCUACAGCACUUAAAUGUGUCAAACUGCAUUAUUUCUACAGUGUAGAUGCACCCUUGGUUUGUGUUAUUUUGGGCUGAUUGCACAUUUGAACAAGAGGAAACCCUCAGUCCAGCAGUUAAUGUUCUCUCUGGGUACUUGUGAAACAUGGGAUUCCUUUAGGACUCUUUUGUGUAUUGACAUUUAUAGAUCACUUAUUUUGAAGCACGUUCUUUGGGCUUCUGGGGAACUACUCAGGAAAAAGAACUUUUAAGUAAGUGCUUCAAGUACAGGUCAACCCUCCCUUCUCUCUCUUUGUCAAACUGGUGUGUCUUGAUACUUUUUUAGUUUAAAAGAAGACUUCUGUGUGUGAAUAGUUAAUGCUGUAAAACAUAGGUAGGGAUGGUUCCCAAACUUUGGUCUUUUAGGUGUUUUGGACUUUAGUUCCCAGAAGCCCCAGCCAAUUUGGACAACUCUCAGGAAACAUCUGGAGGACCGAAGUUGAGCAAUCACUGUUCUAGAUAUUGCUGAACUGCAGCUUGCAUCAGCCCUAGCCACCAUAGCCAAGGAUGAGACAUCAUGGGAUUUUCAAGCUCUCCACUUCUACCUUAGGAUAUGUGCCGUUUUAAUGCGGAGGAACAAAUAUAUUGGUGUGAACUGUGUGCAGCCUAGGAGCAGGUUCUAUGCAGCCCUUGCUGUGCCCACCAAUUUGUAACAAAAACAGUUAAAAAGUUCACAAUAUUCAGCCAAAGAACACUUCUAGAGGGCAUGAUUUUGCAUUUAAAACCUUAGUUAUCCCCAGCCUACAUACAAUAGAAAAUCUUCCACAAAAAGGAAUGGAAGGGAUUAAAAUUUGAUUGGGGUGGGGGGGAGAGCUGUGUGCAGCCCAUGGGGAGUCAGAAUGGGCCCAAAGUGACCCUUUGACCCACCUGUGGAAAAAUACACUUCUCUUUCUUUCAAAGAAGAACUGAAUGUUGAGCAGACGUCUCUAAGUUUUGGCUUUGGAAUCAAAUGCAUGUAUUUGUUCUUCCAAGACUUCAAAGUACUCUUGAAGAUAAUAAGUGCUUUUUCAAGAGAGAGUAAACAUGAGGCAUUUGCAACCCAAGGAACUACUUUUAGCUGCUUUUACUUUGCACUCUUCAGAUUAUAUGUAUUUUUUUGAACUGAGGAAUUGAGCUGUAUGAGAUAGACUGGCAGGUUGUUACCAAAGAAGCGGUGGCGGUCAUACUAUGCCUGUGCUCUGACUCUUUAAUGUUCUAAUGUCUGCACUGAAAUUAACCACUGGAAAUAGGGAACUGACCCUGUUAAUAUACUUGAUUGAAAUCUCUGAAUAAAUUUUUUUUUAAAAAAAA